AUGACGCCUAAACUGAAGCCGCUGCUCUUGCCGCAGCUGCUUGAACAACGGUUCGAACAGCGGGCAGAGAAGCAACAAGUGAAUGGACCGUCCGCCAUGGCGAACCCCGACCACGGCGAUUUAUCUUAUGUCUACUACACCACCAACUCCUCGGCAUCCGACAUAACCUCUCCUGUAACGCCGAUUUUCUCACCCAAAGGCCACCAGAGAUUCUCUAGCUCUACCUCGUCCUUGGAACUGCCUGUGCAGCCGCCAGCGGAAUGCCCAGCCUCACCUUCACAGACCUCGAGCACUAUGUCUAGUCUGCGACAAUUACCAGAUGUUGAGGAGGAGCCAGUCGAUCGUGGCGAAGACACAGCUACCCUUUCUGACAGGUUUGGGCUUUACAGCUGUUUAUGUGACCAACCUUGUGCCCACCGCAACAGCUCAGAAGCUCUUUUCCCUGGCGAGUUUGUCUCGGAAUUUGAUAUCGACUAUGAUAUGGGAUUUCUCAGCGACACCGACUUCACUACUGACCCUCGCUACCCACGAAAGAAGCGCAGCACAGCCGAGUCGGCUUUCUCAGAGCUCACGUCACGGCUUGGAUCUCGCAUGCCUACCGUCAAACGAUGGCGUUCGAGUAAGCGUGCGACUCUCAGAGCGUCCCCGCCCACAGGAUUAAGUCUGGAGAAUAUCUUGGCUCGUGGACCGACAAGUAGCCGCUCGUCAUCAAUGUCUGCAUCAGCGCAGCAUCUCCCGGAACGUAUAACAGAGCCGAUGCCUCAACCACCAUCAAACCCAACGACGUCUUGGUAUAGUCUCAGUGACGAUGCAGAGACUGGUCUGGGCAUAGAGAUUACUUCCGAAGACCACACGAAUCUCGAACGUGACAGGGCUAUGGCCACUACUCCUCUGCUCCCCCCUCUCCUCACCAGCCCCUUCGCUGGGCCUCCAAGAGAGUCACCUCUACAGUCACCAAAGGUGGAGUCGUGUCCAACACCCGAUGCUCCGUUGUCCCCUGCAUUUGCUGCGGCGUCUCAGUUCUCUCGACCACCAUUAAGCAGUCGUCCAUCCGUUGCAUCUCUGCGCAACGUAUCAAGCAGCACUGAGCUGCCUUUUGCGUUUCCGGCAAUUUUGCCAGAGCAAGAUGAGUGGUCUGAUCGGCUUGGACACGCCAACUUUACGAUUUCACCUCGCCCGUAUGAAAUAGAGGCUAUCAACCCGGAGACAAUCGCCAAAUUUCGGAAUGAUUGGGAUCUGGCUCGCAUAAAUUAUACGAAACACUUAGUCAGAACUGGCGAGAAUUACGGACAGACGAGCAAAAUAUAUGCUCUUACAGAGGCAAAAUGGGCUGAGGUUGAGCGACGAUGGCAGACAACUUUUGAGGAGAUUGUGAAAAAUACCAACUAUCCAUCUGCCGGGUCGAUCAACACAUCUCGCAACCAGAGUCGGGGACGUGGACGUGGCCGGUCUAGCAGCUCCAAUGCUGCGGCUCUUGCACGGCUCCCGGUACAAGACAACCUACUUGCUGAACUGGAAUGGAGACGCCUUGAGGACUGUCUCCCGAGCGCUGUACCUCAAAUGAUGGAGUCACUUGAUGCGGACGGAAAGUUUCCCGGUCGUGGCGACGAAGACAUCGUUGGACCCAUGCAGCGAGAUGCAGUAAUGGUGCGUGCCAGAAGCGAGGACGCCAAAGGGCGAUUUUGGAAGACGCUGGCGGAUCGAGUCGGCCUCCGCAAAUAA